UGGAAAUCAAUCGGUUUUUUUUCCUGGGACCAAAGGCUUUUAAAGUGGAAGCGAUACUUUAGUUUUGUAAAUCGUGACUGUAGGUGAUUUCCGGUAGCGGGUGUAGCUGUUGUGUCGGAGCUGUACACGGACCCGGAGUGUGGUUCUGAGAACGCGGGUUCCUGCUACUGCCUGGGUUCGUGGUUUAUAGAGGAAAAAUCCGGAUCAUCUGUUCACACGCGCGCGAAGAUGGGCUUCAGAAAGAAGAACAAAAGUCCUCCGGUUCUGAGCCACGAGUUUGUGAUCCAGAAUCACGCGGACAUGGUGUCCUGUGUGGCCAUGAUCAUCCUACUGGGGCUCAUGUUCGAGGUUACAGCGAAGUUCGCCAUCAUGUUCAUCACUGUGCAGUACAACGUCACUCACACCUUACAUACAGACGAGAAGUUGGAGUUGAUGAACAUGUAUCAGUCUGGUCCUAAAGACAUGGCGACAGUGUUCUUCUACCUGCUCAUCGCUGUGAUUCUGCACGCUCUCAUCCAGGAGUACGUUCUGGACAAAAUAAAUCGACGUCUGCAUUUGUCCAAAACGAAGCACAGCAAAUUUAACGAAUCGGGUCAGCUGGCAGCGUUUUAUUUCUGCUCCUUCGUGUGGGGCUGCAGCAUCCUGACCGCGGAGGAGUUUGUGACCAAUCCGACGUUCCUGUGGGAGGGAUAUCCUCACACAACCAUGGCUUUUCAGGUGAAGUUCUUCUACAUCUGUCAGAUGGCUUACUGGUUCCACGCUCUGCCAGAACUGUACUUUCAGAAAGUCCGGAAGGAAGAUAUUCCUCGCCAGCUUUACUACAUCUGCCUUUACAUCGUCCACAUCACUGGUGCUUACGUCCUCAAUCUGCAUCGUUUAGGGUUGGUCCUCCUGGUCCCUCAUUACCUGGUGGAGCUGCUUUUCCACGCGUCACGUCUCUUCUACUUCAGCAACGAGAACAAGCAGAAAGGGUUCACGCUGUGGGCUCUGCUCUUCGUCAUCGCCCGUCUCCUGACCCUCACUCUCUCCGUCCUGACGUUUGGUUUCGGACUCUCCCGUACUGAUCAUCAGGGCUUUUCUCUGGCUGAGGGAAACUUCAACGUUCUCACUGUCAGGAUGACGUGUCUCUCAGCCAUUUGCUUGACUCAAGCCUGGAUGAUGUGGAAGUUUAUCAACUUCCAGCUGAAGAAGUGGAGAGAGCAGGUUCAGGUCCAGAGCAGCAAGAAGAAGACCGUCAGUCCCAAGAACAAACCUGGCAAGAAGGACUCAUCUCGGGGAGGCUCCGUUAACGGCGUGAUGAAAGCAGAAGAUAAAACGUCACCGCGAUCCAGAAAGUCCAAAACCUCGUAGAAGAUCACUGACGACGACGCGGUGGUGUUUUUUUCUUCCUCGACUCCAGCUGUAGAAAGAAAAAGGUUCUUGAAGGUUCUCCUGAAUGAAUCGGCGCUCUGAGGGAUGGGGGAGGGGAUACAGGUUUUAUUUCUCGAUUUCUUUAAAAUGGUGUAUGAUUGAAUCGCUCGCUUCUGCUGCGUGAAUUGGUUCGGCGUUCACCAGGAGAAGAAUGGACAAAGCAUUUACGUCGGUGUUCCCCAGGCGUGUCACGAUUUAUUUUUCUUUCUAUCCUUUAAGGCUUGAUGAUCAUCCUCAAAAAUUGGUAGCUCUUAUCAAAAAAAUUAGAUUGUUUUAUUACACUUUUUUAUUUUAUUUAGAUUUUUUUUUAAACCACUCUGGUUGAUGUAAGAGCUCCCCCUAGAGGCCACACUGAAUCACCUUUCUCCAUUUUAGUGUUGAAGUAUUUUAUUUUUAAUUGCAAUCGUUACGUUUUUUUAUUUUUACUUUUGUUGAGUAAAAAAUUGAUUCGUCUUACGAUUUAAAGUAUUAUUUUUGAGUUUGCGGGAAAAUGAGCGAGGUGUCUAGCUUCAGUAGCACUUUUUCACCACGCGUUGGAGUACGAUAAUGGACACGUGAUCCUGCACGUGGGCGGGGCUUGGAACGGCGUUGAUCACUGAUUGGUCCGAAUUGUCCUGAUCUUUGACACCACAGUUGUCAUUGAUUUUCCUGAAAGCUUCAAGAUCUCGAUUUAAAAUGGCUUCCUGUACACGUAGAGUUCACUUCCUGUUUACCUGUUCAGCCACCGGUUUCGCUCUUCAGGGACGAACCUACACUUAUAAAGAUCUGAUUUAUUCUUCAUCACAUUUGUGUAAAGCUCUGAGCUCUGAGACGAUGUUCAUUGUUAAAAGUGAAAUACAAACAAACAUGAAUUGAAUUUACGAGACGAGCGACAAAAAAUUGCAUCAUGUACCUUUUUUUGUGUAAAAGUAUUGGCACCCGGCUGUGCUUGAACCUUCUUCGUUUCCCAAAGCAGUUUUUGAUUUAUUAAAGAACAUCAGGUCAUACAGUA